AUGUUGGCGGUGGAUUUGGACUUGAGUGAGAGCGCGGGCCGUGAGUACCUCAAGUCUUUGCCGAUGAGAAGGUCCCAGAGGAAGUCCCUGCUGACAGAGAGAUGGGCAGUCAAGCUAUAUGAGCGUGAAGGUGAAUCCUCUCAGGACUUCAAGAUGGUCGAGACUGACAAGGUUGUGUAUGUCAAUGUGAAUAUUCAUCGAAGCAAGGGAUUCUCGAUAAGGGGAGAUAGUCCGAUGUAUCGGGCACUCAUGUGGGCAGCUUGCAGAGGGCAACUUGAAGGUUUGGUUGGCUCUCCUCCUUCCAACUAUGCAGCUGAGCUAUGUGCCCGACAGCUUCUUUUGUGGAUGGUCGCUAAGGAAGGAGCACGAUUGCAUCGCCAGGUAAGUCCCUAUCUGCUUAUGACCAUGGACCCGAAGUCUGGAUGGUGGAAGACGCCGAUGUGGCAGGGCUUCCAGCGGGAGUAUCAGAUCCCUGUGAGUCAAGCGGCGCCUACCGGAACCUCGGAGUCCUACUGUACGGCUACGAAUUUGGAGCUUUGUGGUGAUGAUGAAGGUUGGGGCCCUGGCGUAGACGCUUCAAGUAGAGUUGCCGGCUGGUCUGUCCGUUUUCACAGAAUGAUCGUGAAGGGCAUCCUUGCAUGGAGGACGAGGCCAGAACCUUUGAUGCUGUUGAGCGCUACGGUGGGUUCGGGAGCCAUGAGUGCGGAGGAGCUUCGAAAGUGGCGUCGUCAUGUGGCCAACGGCCACUUAUCAUACAACCGACACUGCCGGACCUGCGUGGAGACUGCAGCUACUGGUCGCAGUCAUCGGCGCAUCAUUGCGCCUAGCUGUUACACCCUUUCCUUGGACCUGGCUGGGCCGUUUAGAAUCAAGGGCGAGUCGGGUGAUGCAAAGGGGUACCGCUAUGCGCUGGUAGGCAAUUACACCAUGCCAUCCACCAUUGGAUUCAAGGACUACAAGAUUCCUGAUGAACUACCUCCAGAUGAACCUGAGGGCGGGGUCGGCCAUAUACCGCUUGAUGAAGAUGAUGAUCUCUUUAAGGAGGCUAAGGAUGAGUUUCCCGAGAACCCCCGCGAGAACCAGAAGGAGAUGGAGGCCGCAAACGACGAGUACCAGAAACUGUUCAAGGAAAUCAAGGAUACCAUGACUUACCAGAACCUGCAUUUCAUGGUUCCCCUGAAGACCCGUGAUUGCCAGUUCAACGAGUACACAGUGAUCGUGCUAGAGAGCUACGUGGGCAGGGUUGUCAAGGCCUUGAAGCGGCGGGCUAGAACGUUGCUGCAAUCUUCGGGACUGCCAAGGUCGUGCUGGCCGCUUGCGAUGGGAUAUGCGGCAUGGGCUCAGAGAGAGUUUGCGUUGGGCCGUUCUGGUAGCGUGGUUCCAUUUGGAGCGGAGGUGUCGAUCAAGGCCAGGGUGUUUGGACAAGGUGGAAAGUUUGAUCUCGACAACAAGUGGGACAGUGGACAGUUUGUUGGGCCAGCGACUGAGCUACGAGGUGGAUAUGUGGUGCGGGACAAGAAUGGGCGAUACCUCACUACAAUGCACAUGAAGACGAAUGUGGUGGAUGUUGAUGAGUUGGUGGGGCCCGUGACGGCUGAAGCUGUUCUUCCCAUGCCGGUGAAACGUAUGAGAACCAAGGCGAUGAGACCAUUGACAGCGUUGGAACAACAGAUUGUGGAGCUGGCUGCAGAGUACGAUGUCGAUGAGAGGUAUGAUGAACAGGCCGUCUUGAAUGUCUAUGCUCUGUUGGAGCGUACACGAUUGCAGGGCUCAAAGGCAGUGAUCCGGAGAUCUCAAACAACGUCGACGUCAUGGACUACUGGGAUGUUCACACACGGCGGUGUGUCUGGACUUAGACAAACUGCAAGGAGGAUGCCUGCGACUACAGCUUUCUUUACGAAGGUUGCGAAGGAGCUGAUGGGUGAGGAACAUUUCGGUGUGGUGGCAGUGACCCGUGGGGCUCAACUCAGAGUUCAUCGAGAUUCUCACAAUGAUGCUUCAACCAAGAACACCGUGAUGGCCUUGAGUGCUUUUCAAGGAGGUGGUUUGUGCGUUGAAGGACCUCCUGGCGAUCAAUGGCGGCAGGUGACUCCUGGAAGAUGGGUUCAGGGCAAAACUUAUGAGCUACGACCUGGAGCGCCACUCUCUUUCAGUCCAAGGAAGUGGCAUGAAACCCAACCUUUUCAGGGCGACCGCUUGGUGAUGAUGGUGUAUACCCCUCGGACCAACAACCUAUCUGAUGAAGAUCGACGAGAGUUAUGGGAGCUUGGGUUUGAUUUACCUGAAGGAAGGGACCCCAUGCCGGCUGAGGGAGAGAUCCAGUUGAAGAAGCAGGAGUAUAUCCUGGAUGAAGACGGUGCCCUUGAGACCUUUGUGAAGGGUGAGGCGCCUGAGGAGGAGACGAGUGUUAUGGAUCAAUCGCUCCUGAAGGUCAAUGAGCUACAACAACAAAUGCUGGAUGAGAUGAUUGACCGCUCUUCCCUCCUACAGGACUUGGUUGAGGAGGAGGAAGAGAGGUUGUAG